CGUCUCCCCUUGUCCCUCCUCCUUUCUCCACGAUUCCCAACGAUCAUCUCGCGACGCUCUCUACGACCGGUUCCGAUACCCUUUCGUUGCAUCAGGGCUAGGACACUCACAAUCUCCCGACAUUCUCGCUAACCGUCACAUUUCUCUAUCCGAAUAAAUUCCGAAAUUAGGGUCGGAGAGGAAAAGAGGGAAGAUCACAAAUAUGGCCGAUCUUGGAGGCCACCAAGGCCGGAACUACCGGCCCUACGGACAUCCCUCAUCCUUCCAACGUGAUGCUGCAUUUUCCGAGAUAUUCGGUGGGGCACCACCACCCGGGCGCUCUCAGACGAUGACCUCGCAAACACCUCAAUUUUCUCAGGAUAGGGCUCACACUAUGUCAUCACACGUGCCGCAUCCCCAGAUGCAGAGAGGUCCGCCGCCACCGCAACGCCAGGGGCAGAAUGGGCAUCCACCCAGCACUCCAAACGGAUACUAUCAAGCGUACCCCGGGUCCGCAGCAACUAUGACUUCUCACCCUCCCCAGAAUGCACCACGGCCGUAUCCUGGACGCUUCGCAUAUCCUCAGCCCCAACGGUUAGACUCGAGGCCGAGCCCAGGACCACAGUAUCCGGAUGCAAAGGGAUAUAGUCGACCUAUGCCGCCCCCUGCGCUGAACUCAGAUGCUUAUAGGUCAAGGUCAAUGGCGAGAAUGGGCGGACCACCGAUGUAUCAACCACCACCUAGUAGUUUCAAUCAUACCUCUGCAAGCGCUUUUCGCCAGCAGCCGUAUAACGCCGCAGCCCCAAUGACCGCACAAGGAAGAGUUGUGCCGGAGAGACAUGGGAACGAGCGCACUAUGUCAUUGACUUCAUAUUCCACUGACCGCGACUACAACCAUACUACAAGCACGGGGAGGGUCAUCCCUGCUCGAAGACAGCCAUCAGGCCCUAGCCAACCCCCACUUCCUCGCCAAGAGGUGGACCCAGCGAGUGUCCAGAAUGUCAACGGCAGGCCACGGCCACCGAGUGAUAGUUCGACGGCCUCGCGAUCCAUGUCGAUGGCAUCAACGGUGGUGCCAGAUCGAACAAUGAGUAUGCAAAGCCAGACACCUCAGAAGCCUCCUGGCCAGACAACUCUUGUGGCAAGCAACUCCCGCAGAAGCAAAGUCCCAUUGGUUUAUCCAGCUUUACUUUCGCGAGUUGCUGAUGCCUUUCGAGAGAAGAUUGUGCUGGCCGAGCGGCAGAAGAACGGGCUGUCAUAUCAAAACGCUUUCUCUGGUGCGGAUGCAGUAGAUUUGAUCGGCUAUAUUAUUAAAACGAACGAUCGGAAUCUAGCUCUUCUUCUAGGGCGUGCUCUGGAUGCGCAGAAGUUUUUCCACGAUGUGACAUACGACCAUCGUCUUCGAGAUUCUCCUGCUGAGCUCUACCAAUUCAAAGAAACGAUGGGAGAAGAAGCGCCCAGUUUUGAAGUCAAUGGAGUUUUCACGCUUCUCACCGAGUGUUACUCCCCGACUUGUACUCGUGACAGCUUAUGCUACUCAAUCGCAUGUCCCAGGAGAUUGGAGCAACAAGCAAAACUGAAUCUCAAGCCACAGCCGGGUUUGCGGUCGUCUGCCUCCAAAGGGAGUCUGCAUGGCGAUGAUGAUGAUAAUGACAACCAGAAAUUAUGGAUCAACAUGGUUCCUAAGGAAGUCUCUGAUGGCCUCGAUGAUCGCGAAAAGAAACGACAGGAAAUUAUUUUCGAGAUUAUGUACACAGAGCGUGAUUUCGUCAAGGAUUUGGAAUAUUUGCGAGAUUUCUGGAUGAGGCCUUUACGUUCCGCUGGUAACAACAAUAUUUCACCCAUUCCAGAGCACCGACGAGAAAAGUUCAUCCGUACAGUAUUUGGAAAUUGUUUGGAGGUCCUGAAAGUAAAUGGCGGCUUGGCCGAGGCUCUCAAUACCAGACAGAAGGAGAGUCAAGUAGUGAAAACUGUUGGUGAUAUAUUCCUUCAGCACGUCCCACGAUUCGAUCCGUUUAUCAAGUACGGUGCGAACCAGCUUUACGGGAAGUAUGAGUUCGAGAAAGAAAAAGCGUCGAAUCCAGCCUUUGCAAGGUUUGUGGAAGAGACGGAGCGUCUUAAGGAGUCACGAAAGCUUGAACUGAAUGGUUACUUAACUAAACCUACCACCCGUCUUGCAAGAUAUCCUCUGCUCCUUGAGCAGGUCCUGAAAAACACGGCCGAUGAUAACCCCGACAAAGAAGAUAUUCCUAAAGCUGUCAAGCUUAUCAAGGAUUUCCUGUCCCGCGUUAAUACCGAGAGUGGAAGAGCCGAAAAUCAUUUCAAUCUCGUUCAGCUUAAUGCAGCACUAAAAUUCGGCCCUGGUGAUUAUGUCGACUUGAAACUUACCGAAGAGAACCGCCAAAUGCUAACGAAAAUGGCGUUCCGAAAGACACCUACUGAUAGCUCCGAGGUCACAGCAUAUCUUUUUGACCAUGCUGUUUUACUGGUGAGAAUCAAGGUUGUGAACAAGCGCGAGGAGUAUCGAGUCUACCGGAAACCAAUCCCUCUAGAACUCUUGGUCAUUGCGCAGAUGGACGAGGUAAUCCCCAGGGCCGGAAUUGCCAAAAGACCCUCGUCUAGCCUACUCCCAAAUAAGGCUGCCGCGAAUCCGCCGACCACGAAAGAUGGACUCCCCAUUACUUUCAGGCAUCUUGGCAAGGGUGGUUAUGAGCAAACUCUCUAUGCCACGUCCCCCACGCAAAGACGAAAAUUCAUUGAACUUGUGGAAGAACAGCAAAGAAAAUUGAGGGAGCGGAAUAGCAACUUCUAUGAUAAAACUGUGCUCUGCGAGAAUUUCUUUACAGCAAUCAAUCGGGUAAAUUGCCUUGUCCCUAUCGAUGGUGGCAGAAAGUUGGUGUACGGUACAGACAGUGGUAUCUACAUCUCGGAGCGUUGGCCCAAGGACAAAUCUGCGAAGCCAAGACGCGUUUUAGACGCCAGCCAGGUUACCCAAAUAGACACACUGGAAGAGUAUCAACUACUCUUGGUCUUGUCGAACAAAACGUUAUCCUCUUAUCCCAUGGAAGCGCUUGAGAUAGGGGAAGGCCAGAACACAGUAGCAAAGAGACCCAAGAAGAUUCAAGGCCACGCAAAUUUCUUCAAAGCCGGUAUUGGUCUUGGUCGCCAUCUGGUCUGCUCUGUCAAGACUUCUGCUCUGUCAAGUACUAUCAAAGUAUACGAGCCAAUGGACAACCUGGCAAAGGGGAAGAAGAAGUCUGCUGUCAGUAAGAUGUUCCAGGGUGGUCAAGACACCCUAAAGCCCUUCAAGGAAUACUAUAUCCCUGCUGAAUCCUCCUCAAUUCAUUUCCUCCGUUCAACUCUUUGCGUUGGCUGUGCUCGUGGUUUUGAAGUUGUCAGUCUUGAAACGACCGAGACGCAGUCCCUCCUAGAUCAAGCCGACACCUCCCUUGACUUUGUGGCACGCAAAGAAAACGUCAAGCCAAUUCAUAUUGAACGAAUGAAUGGCGAGUUCCUUCUCAACUACAGUGAUUUCUCGUUCUUUGUCAAUCGUAAUGGCUGGCGCGCUCGUUCAGACUGGAAGAUUUCAUGGGAGGGCAAUCCCAAUGCCUUCGCACUCUCUUACCCUUAUAUCCUCGCUUUUGAACCGAACUUCAUAGAAAUCAGACACAUCGAGACGAGCGAGCUGAUUCAUAUCAUGACUGGGAAGAACAUUCGCAUGCUGCAUUCCUCGACAAGAGAGGUACGUAAAAGAAGCCUAACUUAUAUCGAUGCCUUGUUGACUAACGCUCUUUAGAUCCUGUACGCCUACGAAGACGAGUCCGGUGAAGACGUAGUAGCCAGUUUGGAUUUCUGGAACAAGCCGCAGCAUUAGUUGAGCAGAAAUGGAGGGAAUAAGAGAUAACUUUUUGUUCUUUCAAGUUAGUUUUGAUCGCUCUUAGACCGG